GGAACUACGCAAGUCUCUGAAGUUAGUACACGUGUCAUUCACUUCCGCUGUCUUCUGCCUGGUCAAUCAAACAUGGACGAGAAGAUUCAUCUAGAUCUGGAGGACUUCUCUGAGGAGCAGUUCAUGGAGAGCUUCCUGAAAGAGAUUCAGAGUGAAGAAGCCGUCUUCAUCCUCGGGAUAUUCCUGGCUUUAGCGCUCGUGGUUCUCACUAUCGUGUUCUUUGGGAAUUUCUGGGGCUCCAGUAAAGCCAGGAACGCUGUGCUGCUGCUGGGACUCUGUGACUCCGGGAAAACUCUUCUGUUCACUCGAUUAUUACUAGGGAAGUUUGUAAGAACUCAGACGUCCAUCACAGAGAACAGCGCCACAUACAAGAGCAAAAACGACAGGGGUGGCAGCUGGACUCUUAUCGAUGUUCCUGGUCAUGAAAGUUUAAGAGUUCAGAUUGUGGAGAAGCACAAGGCCGUGGCUCGAGCCGUUGUGUUUGUGGUGGACAGCAGCAUCUUCCAGAAGGACGUCAGAGAUGUGGCUGAGUUCCUCUACUCCAUCCUCACAGACAACAUAGUGGCAAAAAAUGCCCCCACACUUGUGGUAGCCUGCAACAAACAAGAUAUCACUAUGGCAAAAUCAGCUAAAUUAAUUCAGCAGCAGUUGGAGAAGGAGAUGAAUACUCUGAGAUUGACGCGUUCUGCGGCCCUCUCCUCUCAGGACGGGGCUGUGGGGGGUUCUGUGUAUCUGGGUAAGAAAGGCAAAGAUUUUGAGUUUUCUCAGCUGCCCAAUCAGGUGGAGUUCAUUGAGUGCAGCGCACGUGGAAGCAAAGAAGAUGGAGGUGCUGAUAUCGACGCUAUAGAGAAGUGCCUGGCUAAGCUCUGAAGAGCUCGACAGCUAGAAUUAAGCUCAUUCAUAAACUUGUAAUUUAGAGCAUUUUUUGUGAUCUCUGGAUUUUUUUUUCUUUCUUCAGUAUUGUUGUACCAAUCCAAGAGUAUACAGCAUGUCCUACAGAUACAGCACAUUGUGUGUUCAACCAGAAUCAAUGUAUAUUGUAUGAAUGAAAACACUGACACUUCUAUUUGCCUUCGUGUUUUCACUUUUCACUUCAGGGCUCUUUUUGAUUUAAAACUGGAGCCAGGUCAACAUUUUACUUCUGUUCAACUGUGUUGUAUUUUGUUUUGCUAGAGGCAAGUGUGAGUGUAAAUUAUAUUAAAGAUGGCUUAUGACUGCUUGUUUUCAUGGUGCCUUUCCAAA